GUUGUGUUCUGCCACCUUGUGAAGACUUGUGACAACGAUGCGUUCCCUGGCCUUCACCUCCGCCCUCCUGCUGCUGCUGCUGGUGCUUGUGGCUUCGGCGGCGGGCACGUCCAGAUGCCCCAAAUUCUGCCAGGAAAUUUACCGCCCGGUCUGUGGCUCUGACGGCGUGACGUACGACAACGACUGCUACUUGCGUAUUGCUGCUUGCAACAGCAACUGGCGCAUCAGGAAGCUACACGACGGCCCUUGUGCUUCAGGUUAGAUGCCAGCCUACGACUCUGACUUAUUCCAGACGAAUGAAGAACACUUCUACGUUGGAGUGUUGUGGCUCCAGGUCCAGGUCGCCUCCACCAGCCCGCACGUCCUGAUGGACGCUCUCUCUACCACGCACUUUACUAAUAAUAACUUAGUGGUUCCUCACUUACAUUUGUCAUUAAAGCAAGUAUAGAUA